AUGUCGAACACAACCGAUAUUUUGAAAAUCUAGAUAACUUCAUUGACUGAAUGCUAUCAAGAGUAAAGCCAUAAAUAGAUAAUCCUGGAUUUUUCAACCUUUAAUGAUGAAACAUAAUUAAAUUACCUAAAAUCAUGUUUACAUUAGCCAUUGAUUGGACAAGAAAAUGAAUACUAUGAAACUCAUAAGGAAAAGCUAGAAAAUCUAAGCAACUUUGAAUAGCAAAUUUUGGAAGUAUUCUAUAAUGAUUUGGUAAUGAAAGAUUAUACAUCUGCUAUGAUUUUGGCGAAAGAGUAAUUCUCCCGAAAAUAAAUCUUGGAUGAUAAAAAAACACCCUUGGAAUUUUUCUAGACAACUCAAUCAAUCUUGAAAAGAGCCUGCGUAAUUAAGGAUGAAGCUCCUUUGAAAUUAGCCGAGGAACUUAAACAACACGGAUAUCAGAAUAAACCCUCAAUUUAAUUUGUAUGUCUGAAAGUUGAUUAUGAACUUGGAAAAUAAUAGAAUGAAAAUUUGGAAAUGAUUUGUAAGAAAGUUAGAGAUUGCUAAUCAUCAAACUUAGCACCAAUUCUUGAUGUUCAAUUUAAAACUGAAAACAUUUAAAAUCUUUUUGCUGAUGCUCAGAUUGCCUAUUCAACAAUUAAUGCAGCUCUUUUGGAUAAGGAAGUUGAAACAGAAUACAUGAUUUUAUGCACAAAUAUUGUUGAUUUGGCAAUUCAAUUUUUAGGAGAUGUUGAAUUAAAUGGAGAAAGUCAAUAUAGAAGUUAUUCCGAUAAGCUAAUUUAUUUUGUUAUAAAAAUCUUGUUUAACUCAAUUCCUCCUAGUUAUGGUGGAAUCUUUUUCACUUUCGAUAGAGGAUUUGUAUAAAGCAAAAAGAUUCUCCAUUUCAUCAACAACCUAAAAAAGUAUGAUAUUUACAUUGCUUGGCCAUUGGGAAUUAAAUUGAAUGCUCGAGUAUUUGAUGAAGUUGUUAGAAGUUAUUCAAUUGUUUAGAGACAAUAAUCUGCAACAAUCACAAUAAAUUAAAUUCUUAAGGUAUUUUAGAAUUGCUUUGCUGGUAAGUAUAAGGAUGAAGAAGAAAAGGAGGUUCUCCAUCCCAUCAAAUUAGGCUCAACAUCAGCGUCAUCAUGA